AUGAAGCUUAAGCCACAAACGAAAGUGGAACGCAACCAGGUUCCCAAAUGUUUACUUCGUGACGUCACUUGGCGGAAAAAUUUCGAGGAAGUAGUUGCUCGGCAGUACGUUUCACCGAAUUUCAGGCUUAAACACAGAAAUGCUGGUACACUUUACUCCUCUGCAGGGACGGGUGUAGCAAGGGGCGCCAUGGAGAGAGGGGUGAGCCAAGCACCCCAGCAGGAGGGUGAGGGGGCCAUCAAGCCACAGUCCCUUUCUUCUGACAAUGACUCUGGCUAUGGCUCUGUGCUCACCUCCCCAGAGUCAGUUCGUGAGGGCAGCAGCCAGCAGGUGGUGGUGUCUGAGGGGCUGCCCAGCCUCACACCAGAGGUCACACGCAGAUCCACCAGACUCACCAGCACACCACACACCAAUGGCUGCCAGGGUGUGUUCCGCCUGCCACUACCCAAGAUUGAGGGCAACACCAGGCGGAACAGGUACAACUCCACAUCAGACUCCCCCAUCGCCGUCACCACCACCACGACCUUGGAGAUAGACGAGCUGGAGAUGACCUGUAAGGCGCCUGUCAACCUGAAACCACUGAGGGUCAAGGCGAGGUCGCUGGAGACACUACAUAAACCCGGCAAGACGAAAACAACAGUGGGUCUCAGGCUGCCACCUUCAAGAACUAUCACAAGACUUAGGAAGUCACCAGCAGUCUUUGUUCGGUUGCUGAAGGAGGCAGACUAUCUUGCCCGCCGCGUCCUGAGGUACCUGAAUGGGGAAGACCUGCUGCGGAUGAGCCAUGUCAACAGACAACUGCGGGAGUUGAUACUGCAGGACAAGGUGUUGAACGGCAGGCGCAUGAACCACAUCAACGCCAAGAGGAGUGACCGGGACCGUGUGGGGCAGGAAAACCUCAAGCUGAAGAGACUGAAUGAGGGCAGCAGCUCAACAUACCGCACACUGUCCCCUCGCAAGCAGCUGUCGGCCAUACAGAACCUCCCCACCACCAGCACACCCCGGAGCCCCGAGAAGGUGAUCCCCCUGUCGGAGUGUUUCAUACAGGAGGGGAGGAACCUACCGAAGGGGGAGGAGCUACAGAAGUGUGUCAAAUGCAAGUCUCCGGCAGUAGUUCACAAGUCCCAACACCGAGCCACAUGCAGCAGGAAGGUCUGCAGCUACGACUACUGCACCAACUGUCACCUCACCUUUCACCGCCGCCCCCAGGAGUGUCCUGUGCUGAGGCCGCGCACUCGCCAAGCCUCAGGGAUCUUUUCUGCCAAGUGCAAGAGGAACCUGAGGCGACUGUGAGGCAUGAUGAUGGUUCUGAAGUGUUGGUAAUUGUGUGUGUGCUCCUGUGAUUGGUGGGGUAAUAAUGUGUGUGUGUGUGUGUGUGUGUGUUCCUGUCAGUAGUAUGAUGAGGCUGUGACUGGUGAAUUUUUCUUGUCUUAGCAACUUCAAAGAGUAUUGGUACAGUAAUUGUGUGUGUGUGUGUGUGUGUUGUGAGUGGUAUGAGAGGAAUGUGUGACUGGACCAUCUUUCUUUUCUUGUCUUGGUAACAUAAUGGAUGGUUGUGAUAGUGUGUGCAUGUGUAGGUGUGUAAGUUCUCCUGUGAAUUGUACAAGGAGGGUGUGAAAGGUGGCUUUUUGGUGCAUCUUUCUUGUUUUGGUAAUGUAAAGAGGGUUUGUAUUUUAUUACGUGAUGUGAAUGCCUCUAAUCAGUAAACUCUCAUAUGAAGUCCAUCUCAGAAUAAAUGUGCCUUACUGUAGUUCAAAUGAGGUGGGUGAAGAACUUAGUCUCUACAGUAUUUACCUCUACAUUACCUACCUUUGAUCCAUUUCUAUUCAGUAUCAAGUCAUUACAGGGAGCAGGUGUGGCUGUAAUCCCUGUGUGACCAUUUCUGGUGUAUUUGUGCUACCACAGCCCGUUUCUGAAGUGUGUGAUCUGUCUGUCAUAAAUGGUGAAAGGAUAACGUCUUACUGUGAUUCAUGGCUCAAUUAUUUUACAUUAUGGAUGUUUUUUAUUCAUUAUUAUUAAGUGCAUGGGUUUAAAACUCAAUUAUAUUAAUCUCUUCCUUCACUGUAACUGUUCUGAGUGUGUGGGAUGUCCUGCCUCAGCCAGCCACCUUCAGUGAGGGGUCUGAUGAAUGUAUUAGUAGUAAGUAGCAUGCAUUACAAAAACAUCCCUUCAUCCUCCUGUCAUUAGUGUCAUUAUUAUCAUUAUUAGUACCAACAUGCAUAGGGUUCUUUAAUGUUCAUGAUUUUCCUCUUAUCUGUUGUGUGUCUGGUGCUUUGCCUCUGUGGAUGUGUUCCUCAGAGUGCUGGCCAGGGCAAAACAGGGUAAUGUCACAGUUUAGGAAUGCUUAUCUUUCUGAUCUGCUUCAAGUGUUUCAGGAGUAGUGUGUCAUGUCUUGUCUCAAUAUGUCUACUGUUUCUGAUCUGUUUCAAGUGUUGUGUCAGUACCAGUGUGUCUUGCCUUGUCUUAAUAUGUCAAACUUUUGUAUAUAUUUUAUUAAGUUAUAGUGAAGGAACAUUUCUUUUUGGUGCACCAGAUACAAACAUACACAAGCUAACCUAGAUUACUCACACAAUAGAACAAAAAACUAUCACUCUUCUAUACUCUUCUAUAAUUUUAUACUUGUAUAUAAGAAAACAGCUAUUUAAACUAGAUAUAAUGGUGUGAAUAACUGAACAAAUUAUCAUAUAUAUUUUAGCUCUAAGGAUGCCAAAUUAUGAAACUUUUUGGUAUAUACACAAACAGCAAAAAGAAAAAGACAGUUUGUAGUGACGCAUCUCCCACCACCACCACCACCACCAUCAUGAAGGGUGUUGUGCUGUGGUGGUGUGGUGUGUGUGUGGUGUGAAUCUGAUGCCUCCCAGUGUAGUAUUCAGGCUUUUCUUGCACUCAGCAGCCUUGUUUGCAGUGUUUGCCGGCUUGCUGAAGGCUUACUGUUACCCUUGUUUCUAUUCCUUAUUGAUAUUUUCAUGGGUAAACUUGGUGUGCUCUCUGCUAUAUUGUUUUAUCAUCUUUUUCUUUCAUUUUAAGUUUUCAGUUUUUCUUUUAGGUGUUGAUAAUUUUGAUAUUUUUAUUAAAUUUUACUUUGUUUUAUAUGGUUUCCUUUUUGCUUCUCUGAUCAUGUACUUAGUUCUCAGUUUUUAUCUUUCAGGUGUUUGUAUUAGCCAAAUCCUUCCUCAUACAAUACUUGGCCUGCUGUAAUAAUGUCACUUCCGUACGUUAUUCUGUGCCUUUAUUUCACAACAUUCACCAUCCAUGCUGUUUCCAUUACUCUCCCUGUGCCUUUCAUACUAGUUGUUUCUUUGCAGCAUUGACUGAUGGGUAUUAUAAGGCAAGUGAAAGGCAAGAUGGGAGGGAAACUCAGGCUGAAGUAGGACUCAAAUACAGCUGCCUUGUGUGCAUCAGCUGGCCUUUCACAGUCUUGUUUUGUCUAUACUCAACUUUUCAACUAAGAUCUUCAGUUUAAAUGUAAUGAGAGUAUAUAGAAACAGGACUAUUAUACAUCAGCUGGCCUUUCACAGUUGUUAUUUUGUCUAAACAUAAUUUUCAGCUAAGAUCUUCAGUGGGAAUGUGAUGAGAGUAGUAUAGAUACAGGACUUGUACAUGCCAGCUGCCUUGUGUUCUGAGUUCCCUGACCAGCCUUGCCUCUCAUUAGCGUAAGGAUACAACUCCCUGUGUGUGGGGGAAACAACAGCUACAGCUCACUGCCAUUUUCAAGCUGUACAUAGUAAUAACAUAAGCUAAUUUUUAUCUCUAAAUGUACUGUUUCAAACAUUCCAGCUACCUGCUUCUCUCGGCAAUAAUGAUGUCAGUGUAUUGUGUGUAUAUAGUGUAUGAAGGUUUAUUCUUAGGUUGUAUGAUAUUUAUUUUUACAUUGUCUAAUAAAUUCAUAAAUAAA